AGAAGUCGUGAAGAGAGAUUGAAAUGAAAAUGGCGAAGCUUAUUGUGUUGGUAGUGUGUGCAAUUUGUGCUUUAGUGGGAGUAGUUUCAGGGCAGAGUGCUACGAAUGUGAGAGCGACUUAUAACCUAUACUACCCGGAGCAGCAUAACUGGGACUUGAAUGCGGUUAGUGCGUACUGCGCCACCUGGGACGCCGGUAAGCCCCUCGCAUGGCGCCAGAAAUAUGGCUGGACUGCUUUCUGUGGGCCUGUUGGGCCUACGGGCCAAGCAGCCUGUGGCAAGUGCUUGAAGGUCACUAACACAAGAACGAAUGCUCAACAAACGGUUAGGAUCGUUGAUCAGUGCAGCAAUGGAGGGCUGGAUUUGGAUAUCGGUGUUUUCCAGAAGCUGGAUACGGAUGGUAAUGGGAAUGCUCAGGGCCAUCUCACGGUCAACUAUAACUUUGUUGACUGUGGUGACUAAGCUUGCUUCUUUUUAUCUUUUAUAUGCCCUUCUUAUUAGUAACUAAAUAAAUGUACUCAUCUUCAUUAUACCCUUUGCCAUUGUGCUGGUAUGGUGUUUCGUUUACGAAUUAUGACUAAAUAAAAUAACAAUGUGGUAUAUUCAUCACCA